UUUUUUUUUCAGACGGAACUGAGCUCAGAGUGCCUUAGCCAAUGGCUCGCUAGAGCGUCGGCAUGGACGAGGACAGCGCUGAUGAGAACCAAACCAGCGCAUCCAACACCAUCGCCCCGACCGCGCCAGCUGCGCAAGGCCUUGCCCGUUUGGUGGUGCUCACAGAUGUUCACCUCCUGCCCACCUACAGCCCCUCCGCGGGUCCAUCCUGCCAGUGCCGCAGCGAGGACUGCGCUCGCCCUGGGCCUCCUGCGACCUUCGGCCAGCUGGGCUGCAACUCCCCCGGCAGUUUGCUGGAUGCAGCCCUGAAAACGGCCCAAGAGCAGGAUCCCAGCUGGACGCUGCUGCUGGGUGACCUGGUGGACCACUAUGGCGGCCGGGACAUCUCGAAGAAAGACGAUGUGGGCAGGGAUCGGAGCUUGGCCAUUUUCACCGCGACGCUGCAGCGCGCGGCGCGCAGCAGCGAAGGCCGCUGCGCGGUGGCCAUCGGCAACACCGACAUCCUGCCAGCGUUUCAGGUGGAUGUGACAGCUCUAGAGUACUACCUGCCCGAGGCAAAAGCAAUCCAGACGCAUUGCAAGAUCCCAGAGGCCGCCUUCGAGACGCUCAAGAGGUAUGGUUACUACUCCAUCGAGCUUGCUGACAAAACGUCGCUGCUGCUUCUGAACACGGUGAUCUACUCCAGCCGGGAACAGCCUCCCAUCACAGACGUAGAUCCCUUCGGGCAGUUCGCCUGGCUGGAGCAGCAUCUGAAGCGAGUGACGGCGGAGGGUGGCCAGGUCUUCAUCGCUGGGCACAUUCCCCCAGUGGUGGGUGGGCCCUUCUCCAGGAAGUCCUUGUGGCAGAGCAGCUUUGCUGUUCACUACUGGCGCCUGGUGAGCAAGCACGGCAGGGUGGUGGCAGGGCAGCUCUUCGGGCACGGACACCGAGAUGAGUUUCGAGCGCACCUCUUGCCGAGCCUCGCGCAGAGCCCGCCGCUGCACAUGUUCGCUUCGCUGAGCCCAAUCCAUGGAAACUAUCCAGCCUUUUAUGUCUUGGAUGUGACGCCACAGCGUCGUAUCCACGACAUCCACUGCUUCUGGGCAAACCUUUCCAAGGCUACGCCCAACUUCAAGCUGGAGUACUCAGCCCGGGCGCACCUCAGCCUGCCAAACAUCACCAAUGCCGCGUACCGGGAUCUUGCGAUGUCCUUCAGCUCGGGGUCCGUCAUCGGCCAGCUGCGAUGGCGGGCCUUCUACUCCGCCAUUGCGGUGAAGAGUUUGGGCCAGGAGAUUUGUGGGGACAAAGUUCGCGAUCCCACAGACUGCGCACGUUGCGUGGGCAUAUGCCGAGAACAGGCAGUGUGCACUUUGCUCUAUGGCCUUUCUGAGCGCAGCAUCGAUUUCUGCAUGAAGGAGCGGCUCUGGGAGCCGUCCAAGAUCCCGCAGCCUUACUGGCUCUCGGAUUUCCGGAUCCUGGUGCUCGCGCUGCUCAUCUUCCUAUGCCUCUCUUGCGUCCAAUGCCGGCGCAAAAAGCAACCUACGCGAGUCAGCACGGCUGGGGUGCGAGCCAGCACGGCUGGGGUGGAGCUCAGAAGCAUAUGACGCGCAAGGAA